GCAAUGAACUUGCUGCUAUCUACAAGUGGCAUUGCUAGAUUGCAGGUUCCUCCAACUCUCAUCCCAUCAGUAUAGAAGCUGUCCGGGCUACACAGGACCUUGUUCAUCCUAUUCACCAGAGAGGCAACGAGGGCCUUGACUUUGGCCAACCUUCCAAAGUUUGGGAAGUUUGGGAGUUUGACCGUACUCUUCAGCUUGCCUCUUCUGGUUGUGCAGUCACCAUGCCCACAGCCAGAUUUGAAUAUCAUAUUGUCAUUAAUAAAUUCAGCAAGGAUUUAACUAUUUCUGACCCUGUCUUAUAGCAUUGACUACACAUCACUCAAAAUGGAACAGGUCAACCAUGCUGCCCUCCUGUUUUUCUGUUAAUCAUCUGGCAAAUAUACCACUGAGUAUCUUGCCCACCUUGGUAAUGUUUGUGACGUAAUUUGUUUGGCUGCCCAAAUGUCACCAGCGUUGAUUGUAAGAGAUGAAAAAAAUGUACUUGCUCAGCAUAGCAAGCUCCAGGCCAAAAUACUGGUGACUGUACUGAACAUGGUAAAUGGAAAGAAAAGUUCAAAGUGAGAAUCUCCUUAGCCUUGCAAAUAAAGCCAUUCUGCUCUAAGACAGUCUUUGAACUGAACCAACAGGGAUGGAGGAAGCGAGUCUGUGCCUUGGCGUGUCCUCGGCGGCCCCGGAAGCUGAGCCCCACCUGAGCGGCCCCGUCCUCAAUGGCCAGUAUGCCAUGAGUCAGAAGUUGCACCAGAUCACCUCCCAGCUCAGCCAUGCCUUCCCCGAGCUGCACCCGCGGCCCAACCCCGAGGAGAAGACGCCCGCACCCCUGGACGAGAAGGCGCACGUGCCCAUGAGCGGCCAGCCCAUGGGCGGGCAGAUGGCGCUGCUGGCCAACCAGAUGGGCCGCGACGUUGACACCAGCCUCAACGGGCGGGUGGACCUGCAGCAAUUCCUCAACGGGCAGAACCUGGGCAUCAUGUCCCAGAUGAGCGAUAUCGAGGACGAUGCCCGCAAAAACCGCAAGUACCCGUGCCCGCUCUGCGGCAAGCGUUUCCGCUUCAACAGCAUCCUCUCUCUGCACAUGCGCACGCACACCGGCGAGAAGCCCUUCAAGUGCCCCUACUGUGACCACCGGGCGGCUCAGAAGGGCAACCUCAAGAUCCACCUGCGCACCCACAAGCUGGGCAACCUGGGGAAGGGGCGCGGGCGGGUACGCGAGGAGAACCGCCUGCUGCACGAGCUGGAGGAGAGGGCCAUCCUGCGGGACAAGCAGAUGAAGAGCAGCCUGCUGCAGCCCCGGCCCGACCUGAAGCCCCUGCCACACGCCCAGCAGGCCCCGCUCGCCACCUGCAGCCUGGCCCUGCCUGCCAACCCCGGCCUGCCUGACGUUGCCAACCCGGUGCCCUCGCCCAAGCCGGCCAGCCUGCAGGAGGACGUGGUGGCCCCGGCGGCCGGCUUCCGCUGCACCUUCUGCAAGGGCAAGUUCAAGAAGCGCGAGGAGCUGGACCGCCACAUCCGCAUCCUGCACAAGCCCUACAAGUGCACGCUGUGCGACUUCGCCGCCUCGCAGGAGGAGGAGCUCAUCAGCCACGUGGAGAAGGCCCACAUCACCGCCGAGUCAGCCCAGGGCCAGGGCCCCAACGGUGGUGGGGAGCAGGCAGCCAACGAGUUCCGUUGCGAGGUGUGCGGCCAGGUGUUUAGCCAGGCGUGGUUCCUGAAGGGCCACAUGCGGAAGCACAAAGACUCCUUCGAGCACUGCUGCCAGAUCUGCGGCCGGCGCUUCAAGGAGCCCUGGUUCCUUAAGAACCACAUGAAGGUCCACCUCAACAAGCUGUCUGUGAAGAACAAGUCCCCCGGUGACCCCGAGGUGCCCACGCCCAUGGGCAGCAUGUCCCAGGAGGCCCAUGCCAACCUGUACUCUAGGUACCUCUCCUGCCUGCAGGGGGGCUUUGUGGCCCCGGACAAAGCCAACCUGAGCGAGCCUGGCCAGCUCUAUGGCAAAGGGGAGCUGCCCCUGAAGGAGGAGGUCCUCGGGAAGCUGCUGUCCCCCAUCUCCAGCAUGGCUCACGGCAUCCCCGAGGGUGACAAGCACUCCCUCCUGGGGUGCCUCAACCUGGUGCCGCCGCUCAAAUCCAGCUGCAUCGAGCGGUUGCAGGCGGCUGCCAAAGCUGCCGAGAUGGACCCCGUGAGCAGCUACCAGGCUUGGCAGCUCAUGGCCAGGGGCAUGGCCAUGGAACAUGGCCUCUUGUCUAAAGAGCAUCAGCUACAGCGCAACCACGAGGACACUCUGGCAAACGCCGGAGUGAUGUUUGAUAAGGAGAAGCGGGAGUACGUGUUAGUGGGAGCAGAUGGCUCCAAACAGAAAAUUCCUGCUGAGUUGGUUCACAGCACUAAAGUGGGCAAUCAGAGAGACCUGCCAAGUAAGCUCGACCCUUUAGAAGGCAGCCGGGAUUUUCUGUCGCACGGGCUGAACCAGGCGCUCGAGUACAACCUGCAGGGGCCUGGGAGCGCGAAGGAGAAGCCCACCGAGUGCCCCGACUGCGGCCGGGUGUUCCGCACCUACCACCAGGUGGUCGUGCACUCCCGCGUGCACAAGCGGGACCGCAAGGCCGACGAGGACGGGCUGCACGCGUGCCUGGACGAGCGGCGCGGCUCGGGCAGCGACCAGGAGUCCCAGUCGGUGAGCCGCUCCACCACGCCCGGGUCCUCCAACGUGACGGAGGAGAGCGGGCUCGGAGGCGGCCUCUCCCAGACCGGGAGCGCCCAGGAGGACAGCCCGCACCCCUCCUCGCCGUCCUCCUCAGACAUCGGCGAGGAGGCUGGGAGAGCCGCUGGCGUCCAGCAGCCCACGCUGCUCCGCGACCGGAGCCUGGGCUCGGCCAUGAAGGACUGCCCCUACUGUGGGAAGACCUUCCGGACGUCCCAUCACCUCAAGGUCCACCUGAGGAUCCACACAGGUGAGAAGCCCUACAAAUGCCCCCACUGUGACUAUGCCGGUACCCAGUCAGCAUCCUUAAAAUACCACUUAGAGCGACACCACCGGGAGCGACAGAAUGGGGCUGGGACCCUGUCUGGACAGACCCCAAACCAAGACCACAAGGAUGAGAUGUCAAACAAAGCUUCUUUGUUUAUCAGGCCCGACAUCCUGAGGGGGGCCUUCAGGGGCCUCCCUGGCAUCGACUUCAGGGGGGGACCUGCCGCCCAGCAGUGGACAGCGGGUGUGCUCUCACCUGGAGACCAUCCAGGGCAGGCCGCCGGCGUGUCUUCUGAGGCUGCUUCAGACACUCUGAAAGGUGCUGACUUUCCUUCCAAAAGUACCCACUUCUCCGAGCUCGGAAGAGCUUAUCAAAGUAUCACGAGCAACGGUGUGAAUUUCCAAGGGUCCUUGCAGGCUUUCAUGGACAGCUUUGUCUUAAGCUCCUUGAAGAAGGAGAAGGAAAUGAAGGACAAGGCCCUGUCUGACUCUCAUUCCAUGAAAGUCCAUGGGGUGGAUGGUGGCGGGGAGAAACCCAGUGGGAAGUCCUCCCAGAGGAAGUCUGAGAAGUCUCAGUAUGAACCUCUAGACCUGUCCGUGAGGCCGGAUGCUGCCUCCCUUCCGGGCUCAUCCGUGACUGUUCAAGACAACAUUGCAUGGCACGGCUGCUUAUUUUGUUCUUUCACGACUUCAUCCAUGGAACUAAUGGCCCUUCAUCUCCAGGCCAACCACCUGGGCAAAGCAAAACGCAAAGAUAAUGCUUUGGGGAUAACAGUAAAUUGCAAAGACCAAGCCAGGGAGGCAAGCAAAAUGGCCCCGCUACCCUCGGUACCAUCAAGCAAAGAAAUGGGCCUUUCCAAUUUGAUUGGCCCUCUAGACUCUGCUGCUGAGAAGAUCACCCCGGGGCAGGUCAAAGAGACUUUGGGGGAGCAGAAGAGCGGCACGUGGCCCAGCCACGUGGAUCCCGUGUUCUGUAACUUUCCGUCAGACUUCUACAAGCAGUUUGGCGUUUACCCGAGCGUGGUUGGCUCGGGAGCCUCCAGUUCCUGCGCCAACAGUGAGCCCGACGGGAAGGCCCACUCUGAAGAUGACACCCCAAUCCUGAUCCCCGAAACCACGAACAAAAACACUACUGAUGACCUCUCUGACAUCGCCUCCUCGGAGGACAUGGACUCCUCCAAGGGAGAGAACAAUGAAGAAGAGGAUAUUGAAACAGAACCUGAAAUGAUGAGCAAGCCACUGUCUGCCCUCGGCAAGGACAACGGCAGCGAAGGCGGGAACAGCCUGCUGCCCCCGGGCAUCCCCCAGCCCGCCCAGGGACUAGUCUCACCUUUCCCCCAAGCGCCAGAGAAGCAGUGGCACAGCCCGGGCCUUCUUGCAGCCCAGGACCCCUCGGCGGGCCUGCCCAAGGCGGAGCGGGGGCCCCAGGGUCUGGAGAAGCCCAUGAACAUGCUGUCGGUCCUGAGGGCCUACAGCUCCGAUGGCUUAGCAGCCUUUAACGGACUUGCAAGUAGCACAGCAAAUUCUGGAUGUAUCAAGAGGCCAGACUUGUGUGGUCAUAGGCCUUUCCAGUGCCGCUACUGUCCCUACAGUGCCUCUCAGAAGGGGAACCUGAAGACUCACGUCCUCUGUGUGCAUCGCAUGCCUUUUGACAACAGCCAGUAUCCCGACCGCAGGUUCAAGCGCUCCAGAGUCGACUCGGAGGCUCCUGGGAAUUUCGAGGAACCCACAGCUGUCAAGGCGGGGAGCUCAGCAGAGCUCACAGAGGAGGGUUGCAAGGUCCAGGAAGAACGCAUCUGAACAGCCCCAUCUGUAUAUUGCAAUAUUAUUUUACACAGAUUUAAGAUCAUGCAUCUGGUAAAAGAAUUUGCUAACUGCAUUCCAAGGGGAGAGAAAAUCACACACACACACCCCACUAGUGUAUAGAACAUUUUAAAAAAUAUUAAAAAGAUAUCUAUAUCUAUAUCUAUAUAUAUAUAUAAAUCCCCAGCCCUUGAACAUGGCUGCUAAACUGUUACCCGGCAACAAGUACUUCCCAACAACGCAGGUGGGAGAAAAGCGAUUUCAAAAAUGCUGGGUGUCCACUGAGCUCUAUAAUGCCGGGGGCCCUUCCAACUCGCAAGUCGUCUUUGUCCAAAAAUAAUGCUUUUAACCGAAAAAUGAUACCAUCUGAAUGAUUUAAUGUUGCCUUGAAGAUGGAGGGGCUGUGUUUUCAUUGUUGAAAACACCUUUAUAAUCUGACACCAGAUGCUGUCAUUUGCCUAGCACCGUAAUGGGUUGCGCUGGGAGGCAGCCGUGGUGCCAGGCAGACUGGAGCGGCCACUGCAGAGAAAAUCAAUUCACAGUGGUGUCGCAACUGCACUCUCGGAGAAACCUUAGACGGCCCGCAGCCAGUGGUGAUCUUCAAUUUUCAUUUUCAAAAUAUACACAAAAGCCAAACGAAUCAAGGGUCAGGAAGUGUUUGUAGACAAAAGUCCAAUGCAGGUUUGAUGAGUAUUUCCUUUUUUUGGAUCGAAUUAAAGUAUUGAGGGAAAUGCAUUUUUUCUUGGUUGUCUUUUUUAUUUUUGGAUGAUGAAGAAGGUUGCUAUUAAACAAAAGUAGGGAUACAUUCUAUAAAAUGUUGUUUAGGAAAAUUAGUCAACCCUAUCCAUAGAAGGUGCUGAAGAGAAACUGAAAUUUAUGUACUAGUAGAAAGAUUGUUUUUUUACUAUGAUUUUUAAAAAAUUUUACUUGAAUGAAGGCUGCUCUAGUCCUUAUCAGAUUUUUUUCAUGCAUUAGCUUUUAUAAGUGUCACAGGCAUGAAGCAAGAUUGUUUUCUACAGCAAGCUGUUGUGAAAUAGCUUGUAUUAAAAUAUGAAUCUAAACAUCCUGCCCUCCGUCUCUAAUGAAGAAAACCAUUUGAAUCAAAAUGCUUUUGUAAAACAAAUGUGUUCUAUAUUUUUGUAGAUGUUAGAUUUUCUACUGAUUGGAUACUCCAAAUUUAUCAAGUUCUGCACCACAGAGGGAGACUUUGAGGGCCUAUAAUGAAACAUUUAACUAAUUUUUUUUAAAAAAACGACUUAAGAAAAAUAGCUGAAGGUUUACUCUUGAAUCUGCUAGAAUGGUGGAAAAGUGCAGCCUUUUUCCAUGCUUCCUUUGAGUGACACGAAAUUGGUGCUGUUGCUUGUGAUGCUAGAGAAGUAUUGAAGUCUUAACUUCUAAAACAAGGUCAUUCAGACUUAACAACAACAACAAAAAAGUCAAUAUUUCCUUGCAGGCUGGGAGCACAGAAUAAAACCCCAGGGCCUUAAAAACUUCAGCUCUGCCUACAGCAGUUUACAAAAAAACUAAACUGCAAUCAAUGUAAAUAAAAUUCUUAGCGCUAUCCUGAGACCAGAAAAAAAUCUCAGGCUAAUAAGGAAUACGGUUUGCAUAUGCUGUUGAAAGGGUGUCACCUAACUGAGGUUUCAGUUUAAAUGACGUCGCGGUGCAACUUGGACCCAUCAGCAUAAAGCAAGCUGCUUUCUUGUUUUUCUAGUAUAGUUCUCACUGCCUUACUUAAAUCGAGUUGAUAAACUUAAUGCAACUGUUUCUAUGACCCUAGAGAAAGGACCGAGAUGCUAUUGAAAACUUUCUGACUGUAGUGAGCUUUAGGAUUUUAACUGCACUGCCGUGUUUGGUGACUGCCAGUCGCUUGCUUUCUGUGUGUUUUGCCCCGCCUUUGGUAUCUUAGCAAAGAAAAAUAAAAAAGAAGAAAAAAAAAAAAAAAAAAAAGAAAAAAGGAAAAAAAGAAAGAGAAAAAAAAGUGGAAAAAAUGAGAGCCACGUUCCAUUUCUAGCACUUUGGGAGCUGUUUCGGUAUUCUUUUGUGUCUUCUGAGCGUCGUCAGAUGCGACAGGCAAUAAUUCUGUUUGUGACACUGGGACCAUCCCCUCUUCUUUGUGGCGUGUGUGUUGAUUCCAUUUUGUCCAGUGCUACCGUUCUUAUUUCCCCCUCUGACACAGGCCUUCUUUCCAGAACAUUUGUAACUUGUAUUACAAACAAGUAACAGCCGCAGUGAUGCAGUGUCAGUUUCUGAAUGUCAUCAGGUUCUCUUAUCUAAACAUGUCGAGUCUCUUCCCUGUAACUUCUGUAGUCUGUGAUGCUGGUCAUAAUAUUGUCUAAAUUCCUACGCAAAGAGAAAAAAAGUCUAUCUUGGAGGCAAUCUGAGAUCAAUAGAGUAGAGGAUUUUGUUGCUAUGCUUGUAACAAGUAGAAAACUUUGUAUUUAAAGUUUAUUCUUGGUCAUUAUUUAUUAUUAUAAUACACCAGUUGACAGAACUUUAUUCUGGUAUAGAAAGUAUUAAAAGUUGUUUUUUCAGCAAUGACUGUUUUCUUUCUGCUGUUAGAAUAAAAUGUCUUUGAAG